GUAACGGGUUGUCAGCAGGGAGGCGCUGCGCGCGCAGCUCGGGUCGUGCUUGGAAGAGGUGGCUGCGUGGUGCCCGCUCGCGCCGCAGGUCUAGCCGGAAGCGGAAGCAGCGGCGGCGGCGGCGGCGCAGGGCCUGAGCGGAUCCGCUGAGCGCAGCUCUGAGGGGGUGCGGGACGAUGCAUCACUGCAAGAGAUUUCAAUCCCCUGAGCAGGAGACCUAUAUGAGUCACAAAUGGAAGAGGAGGAGGUCUCAUAGCAGAGAGUAUGAAGGAAGACUGCGAUACCAGCCUCAAAGGGAUCUUCCAAGGAGAUCACGGUCUAGAAGCCACGAGAGGAUGCCUUACCAAAGGAGGUAUAGAGACAGACGGGAGAGCGAUAACUACAGGUUUGAAGACCGAAGCCCUUCUUUCGGAGAGGAUUAUUACUCUACCCGCUCACACCACUGCCGGAGAUCACGUGACAGAGAGCACCACCGAACAAGGAAGCACCAGCAUCGCUGCCGGAAACGCAAGACCAGGUCUUGUAGCAGUGCCUCAUCGAGAAGCCAACAGAGCAGUAAACGCAGCAGGAGCGUGGAAGAUGACAAGGAAGGUCACCUGGUGUGCAGAAUCGGCGAUUGGCUCCAAGAGCGAUAUGAGAUUGUCGGCAGCCUAGGUGAAGGCACUUUUGGCAAAGUUGUGGAGUGUGUGGACCAUGCCAGAGGUAAAUCCCAGGUGGCACUGAAAAUUAUUAGAAAUGUGGGAAAAUACCGGGAAGCAGCCAGACUGGAAAUUAAUGUCCUAAAGAAAAUUAGAGAGCGAGACAAGGACAACAAAUAUUUGUGUGUCCUGAUGUCCGAUUGGUUCAACUUCCAUGGCCACAUGUGCAUCGCCUUUGAGCUUCUGGGCAAGAACACUUUUGAAUUCCUGAAGGAGAAUAACUUUCAGCCAUAUCCCCUCCCCCAGAUCCGGCACAUGGCAUACCAGCUCUGCCAUGCCUUGAGAUUUUUACAUGACAACCAGCUGACUCACACUGACCUCAAACCUGAAAACAUCCUCUUUGUGAAUUCCGAUUUCGACACCAUGUACAAUGAGACCAAGAGCUGUGAGGAGAAAUCUAUUAGGAACACAAACAUCCGUGUGGCUGACUUUGGAAGCGCCACCUUUGACCAUGAGCAUCACACUACUAUUGUUGCUACUCGGCAUUACCGCCCGCCAGAGGUGAUUCUGGAGCUGGGCUGGGCACAGCCGUGUGAUGUCUGGAGUAUUGGCUGCAUUCUGUUUGAGUAUUACCGUGGCUUCACACUCUUUCAGACUCAUGAGAAUCGUGAGCACCUUGUAAUGAUGGAAAAAAUCCUUGGGCCAAUCCCAUCUCAGAUGAUCCACAAAACCCGGAAACAGAAGUACUUCCACAAGGGGGGCCUGGUAUGGGAUGAGAACACAUCAGAUGGAAGAUACGUCCAAGAGAACUGCAAACCACUGCGGAGCUACAUGCUGUAUGAUUCACCGGACCAUGUGCAGCUGUUUGACUUGAUGAGAAGGAUGUUAGAGUUUGAUCCUUCCAAGAGGAUCACAUUCUCUGAAGCUCUGCUGCACCCGUUCUUUAGUGGCCUGUCUCCAGAGGAAAGGAUGCUGUGUAGUCGAGUCUCGAACCGUGACCUGAGCAGAUGACAGAUGGGUGGGUGGUGAUGCCUGCUGGAUAUGAACAUACUCCUGGAUGGGUCUGACCUCUGCUGUAGAGGCUCCAAUCAGCCCUCCUGUAGCAGAGAGUUGAGAGGUACUGGUGCAAUGUGAUAUGGACCCUGGGCAUGGGAGGGGGGAGGAGAAAGCUACAUGGAAAGCACAGAUGUCUCAUAUUUAUAUGUUGUAAAGUUAAAAUAAAGUGUUUCUUAUUGUUUGAUAAUUUACUUGUAGGAAUGUGUCCAGCUAUUUUUUUGCUCCCACCCUGCCAUAUUUUUUCUGUUAAAUAAAGAGUGGUUUUAUAUUUCUCCA